AUGGAUGGAACCGAGAAUUGUCCCGAGGGCGAAACCCGUGGUGCCAAAGAGAUAGUCGUCAAGCUAAUUGUUGCCCAUCUCACAGCAGUUGUCGCCUUCUGUCAUCUUCAAUCUCUCCGCAAUGAGCGGCUAGACACCAUCGAACCAGUGCUAUUCCUCCUCUCCCCAUUUCUAGUCGUCUUCCAAACAGGCCUCGGCCUAGUCGCCAUUCACUACUAUCUUAUCGAAAGCAUGAUUGGAUCACCUCAAGAUUGGUCAGGUCAUAUGAGCGUCUAUGCGUAUCGGUGGAGACUUUUAUUCGCAAGGAAACCAACACCUAGACUAAAGGGAGAGGAAGACUAUCGCUCAAAAUCUGGGGGAGCUUGGGUGAAUCUGGGGAGACUACUAGUCAUGUCUGGCACGCUCUUCCAGUUCGUGGCGACCAUCUUUUUGUACAGACGAAGGUGGAAUCUUUAUGGCUGGGAGUCUCUCUCCUUUGUCGACCACCGAACGUUCGAGUUGGCCGUCGGUGGCGCUACAGUCACAGUCAUGUCUGUAUUACUGGCGCUCAGACUACCAGCCUUCACUGAAGCUCCUCUGAUCCCUUAUACCCAAGACAACGGCACAACAUCAGAGCAAAUAAUUAUGUUUUGUCGCGGUGAUGCAAGGCGUUGUCCCAAGUGGUACUGGCCAAUUUAUAUAUCAGGAUAUGUACCAGGAACGACGGCAGUAACAUGGCUUUUAUGCGUCUAUUCUUCGACAUACCAAGGCGAGCUGGUAUGGCUGGGACAAUUGGCGUUCAUGUACACUCUCGUUUACGAGGGUUUCAAUGAGAAGCUUGGCCUCAAUGUUUCUAUCUGGACAUUUUAUCUUCUUGCUGUCGUUUCGUUCGGCCUCUGGAUGGUGGCCUCGAAGAUUCUUUCACGGCUAACCAACACUGUCAUUGCCAACUUCGAAAAGAAAUAUCCAUGGGUAGGAAGGCCAGUCUUGAUUGUUGUGAGUGGUGCGGCUUUCUGCUACUUUUUCAUAUUUAUUAUCUUCAUGAUCAUAUGUAUAUCUCUGUUGGGGUUCUCUAUUCUGCCAGCCAUGCUAUCUGGUCCAGUUAGUAUUGGAUUGACCAAAGGUUGGGAAACGCAGACGAUGUUUUCACAGGUGCCGUUUGGGACAAACAAUGAAGCGACUAAGUGUUUAUUGCUUUGGAAGGAUCCCGUGGCGGAUUAUCUAUGGUCACUUGUCUAG